CACCUGUUCCGACUUGGCAAGGUCAACUCAGUGCGGUGCUCCUGCAGCACAGAUGACGAGACAGUGAUCCACUUCCUGCUUCAGUGCCCAAACUGGAACCGUGCGCACGCACCACUCCGGCGAGCCUUCCCUCCCUCAAACUUGCAACUACUGUCACGAGUUGAUACGGCGCCUAGCUGUUUUUUAAUUUUUUCCUUUUCACGGGCUCGAACCCGCGACCUCUGUACUACCUGCCUGAUAUGGACGCAUUGUUAUCUACUGUACGAUUAG